GUGGGAGAUUCCAAGGGGAUGGAGCAGCCUGUGGGAAGCAGGAUCCUGCAGUGGAGAUUGUGCAAGGACUGGCUGGGCCAUGUGUGACACAGCAGUGUGACAUGUCCCUGUAAUCCUGAUAGGGACUUGGGUAAUAAACAUCUUUAAUUCACUUUAAAACCCUUCUGUAGCACUAGCCCAGAAAGGUCUUAGUCGAAAGCAGAAGCAGGCUCAUGGGAUUUUGAGAAAAGUUACUUUGCAAUGACUUCCUAAUUAUUUCUGAAUUCAUUUACUAAUUGCACAGGUCAGUUUUUUACAGGCCAAAAGCCCAAACCCACCUGAGGAAGGAAGGCUCUGCAAAAUGCCCGUAGGAGAAACACAUUUUCAUACCUGCCUGUCAAGGAUAGAGAUGGUCCCUGAGCAAGGGGGCUGUUUUCCUGUCAAUGUAGCAAUCAAAUUUAGCUUCUGCCACGGUAGGCAACGUGGCAUUAAAAGAAGGAGCUUAAGUUAUUAAACUGAGCUGCUUUAAUCGUCCGGUUCAGGGAAAUCCAUUGCUACAGGAGACCUGAGGAUUAGUGUAUUUUUACCACAAAGCCAAUACAUCUAUUCUGAUCGGUCACCGGCCGCUCACUCGUGCAUAUGAAACUUCAUUCUCCGGGUUUGCACUCGAGAGUAUGGGACCAAAUGGAGUUUUAUCUGGAGAUUGACCCCGUUACCUUGAAUCUCAUCAUUCUGGUGUCUAGUUAUGUUAUUUUGCUCCUGGUCUUCCUGAUCUCCUGCGUGCUCUAUGACUGCAGGGGGAAGGAUCCCAGCAAGGAAUACGCUCCUGAGGUCCCCGCAGACACCCAGCCCCCGAUCCGGCUGGUGGUGAUGCAGCAGGGCUCCCCCGGCACCCGCUGGGCGAAGGGGCUCAUCUCCGCCUACGAAAACCCCGCCGACCUGCAGGGGAAAAGGACUACUGCUGUGUAA